UAAUCAUCUACUAUCGAUCGAUCGACUAAGUUGGACACGCGAUUUAUAUCAUCAUCAUAUUUAUAUCAUUGGUGCAUGAAUCGGCUAAAUCAGCCCCAAUCAUCUCUAUUCAGUUAAAAUAGCUAUGUAAAUAGCAACAGUAAAAAAAAAUCCGUUGAAAAUUUAAUUAGAAAAUUCGAUGCGAGCCAAAAUACCAUGCCCAUUUUUAUAACACAUCUAUUUACAAGAUAUAUAUCUUAAUUUAUAAAUUCAAAUUAGAUAUGAAUCCUUUCCAAAAUGUAUUAAAUUGAUUGUGAGUUAAAAAAUUCUACGUUUUCCAUUUAUCUUUUUUUUCAUAUAACAACGUCUAUGAAUCAUUCAGUAGUUUUCUAUUUUUUCAUCAUCGAUUUAGUUUUGCCGCUUUUUUUUUAUUUAUUACGUUGAAUCACACGAAUAGUGAAAUCAAAAAUGACAAUCGAACAAUAUUUCACUUUUCGUAUUCCCGAUCGUUUAGAGGAGCUUGAAGAUCGGGAAAAUUUUCCCAAUUUUUAUUCAGUCAAUUUAACCGUACGAAAUCCUGCCGAAUUGUCUUCCAGAAUUGUCGAAGCUGAACGCCGUUUCAAGAGUCAAGGGCCUGAUUUCAUUCUUGAAACUUUUGAUUAUUUUUAUUUUGUUAUAAAAUUCUUCAAAGAUGUUGACAUUGAAGUCCGCAAUCAGGCUUGGAUAUUACUUAAUCGUUCAAUGUUUUCUUUGCAUAGCCAAUUGAAUCAAUUUGUUAACGAAAAUUUUCACAUUGAUCAACGACGAACACAACAGAACAAACUUCAGAUGAUCGUAUUUGCUUUUGUUAUGCUCAGUGAAUUAUUCGAAGAUGAUAGCAAUGUCGAACUCGAAGAUAAUCGUAAUAGGAAAAAGAAAAACAAAUCCACCAAAUGUUCGAAAAUAUAUCAAGAUUCCAAACAUCAAGCCAUAUCAACAAUGUUACAAUUAUUUUCCUUGCGAUUGGAUCGAGUGUUUGAAACGUCUCAUUUUCUUAGCAAUUUUGUCAAUAUUACCACACGUUGGAUUUACAAAAUUAUCGAAAACAGUAUGGCAUUUCGCCUUCGCUCAUCCGUAUAUUUUAAUAAUAUAUGCGAAAUGAUCACGAUUGCAUUGGAUCGAUAUCAACAUGGUAUCAAUUAUUGUAUGAAAAUUAUCGAAAUGCUCCAGAGCAAAGAAAGCUCUUCGGGUAUUCUUUCUGAUCUAGUCGCAUAUAAUAUAAAACGUCUGCCACAUUUAUUCAUCGUCCAUGAUAUAGUAGAACAGAUAAAAUCUAUGGAUAUCAAUAUUUUAUCAAAAGAUAAUUCUGCUCCACGAGCAUUGUCAACAUUUCUUAUUGAAUUAGGCAAAAAAUGUACCGACAUAAUGUUCAAACAUAUUUCCGAUCUGUUUGACUUUCUUGAACAGGAUUCAUAUUGGCUUCGAAACGCUACGCUUGAAAUUAUUGCAACUAUUAUCAUCAAUAAAUUCGCUUUACCUACUGUAUUCAAAGAUGUUCAUAUUAAAAACAAACUAUUGGACAAACUUGAAGAACAUAUCCAUGACAUCACUAGCUACACUCGAAGUCGUGUUUUACAGUUAUGGUGUCAAUUAGCCGAACAUGGUGCCAUUCCUAUUGAACGUUUAUUAUCUGUUAUCGAUUUAAUCAUUGGCCGUUUAGAUGAUAAAUCUUGUUUCGUCCGCAAGAACGCUAUUCAUUUUCUUACAAUAAUGCUAAAAGAAAAUACAUUCAACAUGAUGAAUAAAAAAGAUAUGAUUAAGCUAAUGGAAAAAACUCAAUCAUUAAGUAAUCAAUUUAAAGAACAAUUAAUUGAAUUAAUCGAACGACACCAACAAGAAACGCAAACUUUAAUUAGUGAUACUUCGGGCGACAGUAGUACUUACAAUGAAGAUGAUAAUACCAUCGAAACAAAUAUCACAGAAAAUCAUGAACAUGUCCCGCAAACUCAAAAAGAUAAUCGAAAACGAAAAAGUGAAGAGUAUGCUAAAUUAUUUUCAAAAAAACCGAAAAAUGAUACCAGCUUGAUUGAAACAUUGGCUGCCGAUUGGGUGAAAUUGGAAAAACCAUUUCAUGAUUUCUGGAAACUACAUGGUUUGGAAAUGAAAGAAAAGCUAAAGAACAUAUCAUUUCCUAAUGAUCUACCUCAAGAUAACUUGGAAAAAGGUUUCGAAUAUUUUCGAAGUCUGUUUACAAACUCUCAAUUUGAAGAGGCACUUAUUGCACUUUUUUCAUUGAAAUCAUUAUAUCCAAACGAGCCAUUAUUUCAAUUAAAAGCAUCAGAUUGUCAUGAUCAAGAUGAUAGCGAUGAUGAUGACAAUGUCGUUGGCUUUUCUAACGAUAAUGAUGAAGAUGGUUGCGAUGAAAGAAAAAAUAAUGCCACUUUUAGUGAAGCUGAUGGUCUAUUUUUGAGUGCCAUGACGAAUUUUAAAUCCAAUUUGAAAACAAAACUUUCCUAUGAGCUCACCUUAGCAAAACAGGUGUUUUUGGCUCCUUUGAUUGAUUUUGGAAAUCUAAAUAUUGACCAAGAAACUGGAAGCCAAAAACAAAUGAUUGAAAAAAUUUUGAGCGAUGAAACUGGUGAUGUAAUUGCUAAAAACAUUACGGUUUCACCGGAAACUAUUGAACGUGAAUGUAAAAAAAUCAAACAAUAUGAAACGCUAGUUGAAAGGCUAAAGUUGGCCAUCAAUAUAACGAAUGCUAUUUCCGAAUCGAUACCAACCAUUUGUGUUCUACUCAAUUCUCGUAAUGUCACAGACAUUCAAGAAGCGAUCAGUUUUUUCACCUACGCUUAUCGUAUGGAAAUCGAUAAUGCUAUGUUUGGAAUACAGAAGAUGCUGAAGCUGAUUUUCAAUCGUGAAAAAUCGAUACGAGAUGCAUUGAUGGAAGCGUUCACCGAAAUCUACUUGAAUCAUUCUCCUAACGAGGAAAAAACGCGAAAAGAAGAUCUACCGGAUAUAAAGAGUAUUCAUUAUAUGGAAGUGAAACAUUUAUCAAAUAUGAUUCUGAAAUUGAAUCAAGGAGAGCUAAUUUGUGCCGAGGCUGUAAUCAAAGAGCUUUACGUGGCCCAAAAAUUCAAUCAAAUACAUUUACAAAUCCUUUGGGAACGUUAUGCUAAAAAGUAUUCAAAAAUUACUGAUGAAGAUAGCAGAGCAGCAUUGAUCAUCAUCGGAAUGUUGGCCUCGGCUCAACCAUCAUUGAUACGUAAUGAAUCAAAUCUAAAUAAUAUCAUUUCCAUUAGCCUGGAACCUCCACAUUGUUAUGAUCAUCGUUUUGUUGCCGAUACUUGUGAAGUAUUAAUGAAAACUUUUAAAAUGCCACAAACCGAAUUGAUGGAACGAUUUUUCAAAUUACCACCUGAUCAUCUACUUUUUAUUCGUCUUCGUUCAAUCAUGGCUGAAAGUAUUACCAAUAUUGAUAGCAAAUAUUGGCUACGUAUGUCUUCUACCGUCAUCAAAGUAACUUAUUUUUUGGCCGACAAACCAGAUUCCAUCAUUUCACAAAUUAUUCAAGAUUGCUAUAGAAAUAUUUUUAACAAAGCUAAAUUACCCGAAUUCCAACAACAUCAGAACAGUCAAGAAUCAACGAAUGAUGCAAGCGAUUCAUCGGCAGCUCAUAUUACAUCACAAAAUCACAUAAUCGUUCAUAUCGAUGAUGUAAUGAUCUCACGUUUCAUAUCAAUGCUGGGCGAUGUUGCUAUUAAUAUAUUGAUACAUCUUGAUUUGCAUCUCAUGAAAGAAUUGAAGAUUCGUCAAUACAUCAAAGAAAAGGAGAAAACUUCGAAAGCUUCCAAUCAUUUGUCACGUCGGGUCAAUGAUAACAGCUCUGUUUUAAAUGGAAGUCGAAAUAGUGAGGCUACCAAUUUUACUUUUGAUGAUGAAGAUGACGAAAUGGAUGAUAUGAUUGGACCCAACAAUGACGAUCCAUAUCAGGAAAAUAUCUUCAAAAUUUGUAAUGAAUCCGUAUUAUUUGAUAACGGUAUAUUAAAAAAAUUUAUUCCACUUAUUGAAAGAAUUUCAACCGAUUAUGAAGGUAAUUGUUUUUCAUAUUGUCUUCGCCAAUCCGCCAGCCUAUCCAUGGCCAAAUUCAUGGCACUUUCAUUGAAUUAUACGCGUAAAAAUCGAGCCACAUUGGCCGAUAUACUCGAAAAAUCCAAAGACGGUGAUAUACGUUCAAAUGCAAUCAUAUCAUUCGGAGAUCUAUUGGUCCGUUUUCCGAAUGAAAUGGAACAUUUUACUGGAAAAAUAUUUGGCUGCCUUACUGAUGAUAAUUUUCAGGUGAAAAAUAAUGCAUUGAUUGUAUUGACACGUUUGAUUUUAGCCGAUAUGAUCAAACCGAAAGGUCAUAUAAGCAAGAUUGCUCAAUUGGUAACCGAUGAUGACGCCUCGAUUUCAUCUUCAGCUCGUUUAUUUUUCGUUGAAUUGGGCAAAAAGAAUAAUGUAUACAUUUACAACUAUUUGCCCGAUAUAAUCAGUAAUCUUUCAGGCGUAAAUGGUAUGGAAGAAGAAAAAUUUCAGGAUAUGAUCAAAUUUUUGUUUGAAUUGUUGGAGAAAACUCGUAACACUGAAUCAUUGGUCGCCAAACUUUGUCAUCGAUUCAGUAAUACAACUGAUGAACGUAUCUGGCGAGAUUUGUCAUAUUGCCUUAGUCAACUUCAAUACAAUGAUCGAGCGAUGAUAAAUUUGAUGAAUAAUUUCUCAUUCUUUGCCAAUACCUUGUACUGUGACAUAAUAUUUGCUAAUUUUAUGGCCAUUUUGAAUAAUGCUCGAAAAAAUGGUACGAUCAAAUCGGAAUCAAAGGUCAUGUUGGAUGAGAUGGAAUCGAGAAUGAAAGAAAUUCGAACAAAGUCCAAAUCUAACGAUGAACAAAAUGGCAACGUCAACGAUGAAAAUGGUGAACAGCAAAUUUGUGGUCAAGAUGAAAACGCAGCAAAUAACAAACAAACUGUUUCAGUGCCAGAAUCAGAUGUCCAUAAAGGAAAACGCACUCGAACAGUAAUUAAAAAACAGCCCAGUCGUUUAAACAAUAAUACGACAACGAAUAAGAAAAAGGCGAAAUCUUCAAUUCCUAUUAAAAUUGAAGCAAAACGAACUGAUUUGCGACAAUCCAAACGGGUGCGUCGAAGAAUUAUUUGCGAAGAUGACAGUAAUGACGACGAUGAAAAUGGUGAUCAAUAUGUGUUCAAUUGAUAGUAAAUUUUUUUGUAAUUAAUAAUAAUAAAAUAAUAAUUGCUAUAUGCGUAAAUAAAAAUUUUAAAUUUAU